CGUGGGGCGUUCUCCCUCACCUUAUUCUUCGCUCUUUCUCUUCAUUAUCGCGCAUUCACUCCCUCUGUCUCCGUAUCACUGUCCAUCUCUGAAGUCUGAGCGAGCAAAAAACGGUGCCCUGCAGGGAAAGGCUGAAGGAGUCCUCGGCUGUAUGAGUCUGACUCAAGGUCAAAGGUGAUUGCCAUAGCAAUGGAGUGCUUCAACAACCUACUCCUUAAACUGCGGGAGGUCCACGAGCGAGAAGUGGAGGGGUGGCAGAUGAAAAUCCAAGAGCUGUCCAAUAAGAAAGGCUGUGACACAAAGCGAAUGGAGGAACUGUUCGCCAAAAACCAUCAGAUGAAAGAGCAGCAGAGAAUACUCACAGAGAACAUCAAGACACUGGAAAACAGGCUGAGGGCGGGGCUGUGUGACAGAUGUACAGUAACUCAGGAGGUUGCAAAGAGAAGACAGCAGGAAUUUGAAGCCUCACAGAUACAGAGCCUCCAGCACAUCUCUCUACUGGCAGGAGAGAUGAACAACCAGAAAAAGGAGAACAAGAGACUUAGAGAUGAGAUCAGGAAUUUAAGAGCUGCACUCAAAGGUCACAGUAACCACUCCUCCAAAAGCAACACCACCACAGAGGUCAAACCAAACAGCUCACCUGACCUUUCACCCUCUUCUGGACCUGUGGCCCUUGUCACUACAGCAACCAACAGGGCCAGCAAACAGCCAGCAGAUGGCGAUGUUCCAGUGAAAACUGAGGCAGACCAAAGAACUGAAGCAGAAGCUGAACACAGACAAUUGAGAGGGAUGAACAGAAGCCACUUUGAAUCAUAUAAGCCUCUUUCGCUGUCGACUCUCGCAUUACCAUCCUGGAAGACAGAACAUAGUGUAGCACGUGUUGGAGAGAGGAGAGUUCAGAGUGUUGAAGGACCGGACCAGCGAUCCUCUAUCCCUCCUCAAGAAGUGAACUCCAGCAGACAUGUGCUCCACUCUCCUGUCCCCUGCCGUCCUCAACCAAUCAAGAGUAGCCCUGUUACUCUCCCCUGGCCCUUAUCGGAAUCCUCUGACUGGGUUACUGCGGCUGCUGCAGGCACCCGCCUGGUGGUGCAACCAAACCUGCCUCGCUUUCCCAACCUGGUCCCAACUAGCCAACAUGCUAGUCCUAGAAGGCAGGUUUUUGGGUCUUCCUGGCACAAGCAGAGCACCCCUCAGCCCCCUGCCAAAGAGCCAACUGUGUUGUUCAGGUUGAGGAGUCUGUCAGAGCAUGUGGAGAGUCAAACUAAGCCCCAGGAGAAAAAGGAAAACCCGCCACCUAACGCUGAGAGGGUUUCUGGAGAAGGGCUUAGAGAGGCUUACGAGGGGCCUCUGGACCUAUCGGAUCGAGGAACGUCCAAAUCCAGCCAAACGCCAAGAGAUGAUUCGCCUUUAGCCUUACAAGGUGGAGAGAGAGUACAAAAGAGCCCUGACAAGGAUAUGAAGACAAAUCCACCUGCACAUGGACCAGUAUCAUCACCUUCUCCCGUCGUCCCUCUCUCAUCCUCGUCUACACAACAACAAGAGGGAGAGCCUCCCAGUGACCAUAACCACAAGCAGGUAAUCAAAGAGCAGCAGCAGAAAGAGGAGGUGAAUGGAGAGACCAACCAAAACAACGACAAGAAGGUGCCUGUCCUCACUAUAUCAUUACGUCCAGUAGUGGUGCUGGAGACUCUGCAUUCUGCUCUGCAAAAGCAAGAAACCUUAUCAUCAAAUGGCAAGUCAUCGUCACCAGCAGUUGAGCCACAAAGCAGCUCGGACGAGCAGGACGAGGAGGAGAGUGCGUCAAGACAAGAAAGCGACCAUGGCUGUAAGAGGAAGAGGGCAUCCGUGGAGACAGAAACCGACAGAGACUCGGACAUAGACAACAUCCAGCGGGAGAGGAAGAACAAGAUCAAGGUGAAAACUGACAAGAAGUGCCCGAGCUAAAGAGCAUGAUGAAACAUUGACUUGGUGAUAUCAUUGACUUUUGUUUUGGCCACUCAGGCUUUUGACUUUAUGUCACGUAAACAUCAUAUUCUAUGGAUUAUUGGGAUUGGUAAACAACACAAAUUCCAUUUCCAUAGAGUUGCUACAUCCAAAAUAACAUUAAUAAAAUGAGUAUAUUGAGAAAGCUAUCUGACAUCACACUCUCUCUAUCUGAAUAAAACAUUUCCAAAUGCCAUUACUCAACCAAAACCUUAACCUUAACCUUAGCUCUUACUUAAUGGUGAAUAUUAAUGUGCAUGUAAAAGCACAUUAGCAUUCUGUUUUCAGCAGCUUUCAGCUGUUUGGUGGAGAACAAACAAACAGGCUUAGAAAGUCACACAUUUUGCAACACAUUACAGCCCAUUUUCACAAGGGACAACUCAAACAGCCAUCCUGAAUAUGACUAACCGAAGACGAGUGCAAUAACUGAAACUUAAGAAAUAAAUUUUCCAAUUUACAUGACAGUGUGACCUAUGUUCUGUCUCCCCUCAGCUGUUGAUUGGUCAAAAUUGAUAACCACAACUAUUGCCAAUACAGCACAACCAUCGCUAGUGUCAUACCUCUGCAUCCCCUUUCUGAAACUAAAAUAAAUGGUAAAUGGACUGUACUUGUAUAGUGCCUUCUGACCACUCAAAGCGCUUCACACUACAUAUCACAUUCAGCCCAUUCACACACUGAUGGCAGGUGCCAACUGCUCAUCAGAACAAAGAAACCCAGUCAGUCAUACACUGAAGGCACUGUACUCUAGAGCAAUUUGGGGUUCAGUGUCUUGCCCAAGGACACUUCGACAUGUGGGCUGAUGGAAGCUGGGAUCAAACCUUCCAAUUGGUGGACGACCCGCUCUACCACCACAUGAAAUAAAAAACGUGCAGAUGUUUUUUACCUUGUCUUAAAGCCAAACAAAGCAAACAGUGUUUGUGUUUCACCUGCCAAUGCCUAAAACUUUAGUCUUCCUCUCCAGUACUCAUCCCACCCUAUUCUAGUUUCACGUAACAUAUUUGUAGUUAUUUUACUUUCCUGGUAUUGCUGUCACUGCCUGGCUAUUUCUGCCAACAAAGAAAAAAAAGAAGAGAAGAACAUGUUCCUCUUCCUCUUUUUCAUUUUCAGAAUGUACAUAUUUUGCAAGUAUUAACUUUCCGCUCACAGCUGUGACAGCUUGUGGUAAGCCGGGUGGAUGGAGGCGAUAAAAACAGAGUGACAGAGUCAGCUAUACGUUUGAGAUAUAGCACUGUAAAGUCAAUGUGUCCAUUUUGUGUAAAUAUAUAAAAUAUGUUUUUAUUGGCGAUGCCCUAAACAAUAUACUUACUCAAAAUAUAAGAUUGUUCUUUUCCUUCUUUUCUUUUUUCAAAAGCGUGCACUUUUGAUUAUCCUGUGUGUGAAAACCUGCGCAGUCCUAAUGCUGUUAUAUUGAUUUCUGCUGUUUCUAUCAUGUAUCUGUAAUGCCAUUAGAGUCCAUUAGGUGCAGUACUUGGUCAAUGGUCAGUGGACAAAAUAGCCUUUCCCUGCCAGCUCUCUGUUAAAUAAAAUGUGAUUGACUGUGCCACUGUAAGUGUACUACUGUGCUUUGACUUUUAUAGUUUGCUAAUCUAUCAAGCUAAAUGAUGUGUUGUCUUAACAGAUAUUUUGUUUUUCAGAAUGAUAUAACACACACUCUUAGAAACUGUUGUAUGAAUGCACUACUUCUGAUGCUGAAAAAAAAUUCCGUUCUUGAAUGUUGCUUCUGUAGCUCCUACUGUAUACGAUUUAGCUCUUAUACUUCUGGCCAUAACAAAUUUACCACCCACCUCGUUUACACAUAGGGUGAAUAAUCCUCAGUGACUGACGAUGACUGUUCUCGGAAUUACAAGUAACAUCAGGUCUGCCAUUAUGUUCAAGACAUUAUGCAAAGCAGUUGUGGUGUGAUGAUCAUUGAUAUAGAAACCAGUGGAAACCAUCAAAUGUGUGUCAUGUAUUAGUGUGAAAACUAAAGUUAUGUAAGUAUUAUCAGCAAAAUGUACUUAAAGUAUCAAAAGUAAAAGUAGUCAUUGUGCAGUAAAA